AAAUCUCUCCCUCUCUCUAAAACAAGAAAUAAAAAUAAAAAUAAAAAUCCCUCUCUUUUAUAUCCAUUUCGCAUCUUGCACCUGAAAAUAUAUUAACACAAAGAAAAGACCAGCACCACCUACAUCAGCUGCCGACACCCUCGACCUACUGCCAUUCUCGCUGGAAAACAUGGCCGACCACCAUGUCAUUCUCGCUAGAAACUUUGUCAGCUCUCUCUCCAUCCACAUAGAAAUAGAUCGGGGUUAUAUUGUCGUCCUUGUUUGUCGUACCAACAAUAACCAGCCUCUCUAGAGCUCUAGCUCCCCACCACCACCAUCGUCCUUCUACUUCUCCGACUAGAUUAGGGUUUCGCCAUCGCCUAGCAUCGUGAAAACCCUAGUCGGAUUUAUCUCUGUCGUCAUCUGUUUGUUUCCAUUCGGAGGGUUCAAACAUGUUCGUCACCGGAGACAACUUGUUCAGAUCGAAAACUUCCAUGGUAGGCAGAGGUAGAUCCGGAGAGAAAAGCACAAAUCUUCAUUUAGAUAUUCAGAUCUGGAAGUCGCCGCCACCAUUGUGAUUUUCCAUCGUCGGUAGGUGAAGGACGACGUAGUCAUCGGUAGUAUUUGCAAAGGUGAAAGUUCAGAUCUACCUCGGUAUUCCGACAACUGACUUUAUCUUUUCUGGUUUUCCGACGGAAUUUCAGAUCUACGUCCUCUAGAUCGAUUUGUUGUUGAACGACCACAAGAACACAGCUCCUCACCAUCUCCGACGAAGUGGUGGCGGUUUCUAGAGACGACGAAAAUUUCCGGCAGUGAUGAUGGUGGUGACGGUGGUUUCCGAUAGUGGAGGGUUGUUUUCAGGGAAGUAUUAGAGAGAGAUUGAGAGAGUCUAGAGAGGUGUGGGUGGGUGGGUAUUAUUACUAAGGGUAUCCUUAGAUGACAAGUUGACAACACUCUUUCACAACUCUCCCUUUUGUCCUACUCAAGACUCAUAAAGAUCAUCACUCAAUCUAUAAAUACAAUAUACAUAUAUUCCAAAAAGAACAAUUCAUAUCAUCAAAAAACGUAAUCAAGUUUCAAAAGCAAUGGAGAUUAAGGUUGAAAACGCGAAAGAUGAACAAGCUCCUCUUCUUGCAGUCACACUUCUUCCCGAAUCGGUAGAGAAAACCUUGAUACAAAAAGCCAUCAGUCAAACAUUCGAAAGCACUGCCCACUUAGCGAAUCUUUUACCCACUGGUUCGGUUCUUGCUUUUCAACUCCUGUCGCCCAUAUUCACAAAUCAGGGCGACUGCGAUCCUGUGAGCAGGGCCAUGACUGCAGCACUUGUAGCUCUUUGUGGUUUUUCGUGUUUUCUACUGAGUUUUACUGAUAGCUUCAUGGAUGGAAAGGGUCAUGUAUGUUAUGGGUUCGCGACAACACGUGGAUUAUGGAUCAUUGAUGGGUCGACAAUUCUACCACCGGAACUUGCAGCUAAGUACAGGCUGAGAUUCAUAGAUUUCAUGCAUGCGUUCAUGUCGCUUAUGGUUUUUGCAGCGGUGGCUUUAUUUGAUCAAGAUGUUGUGAAUUGCUUUUAUCCAUCUCCAUCUGAUGAAACGACAGAGCUUCUCACGACACUGCCUGUUGCAUUUGGAGUAGUUUUCAGCAUGUUGUUUGUUGCUUUCCCUACACGACGCCAUGGAAUUGGGUUUCCCAUUAGUACCAGUUAACACUGAUCCAGAUCAAUAUAAUGUUACUUACAUACUGCUACACACAAGGGGGAUUGAAGGUGGUGGCAUAUGGGUGGUUUGGUAACAUGUUACAACAAAGUUUUUUUUUAUUUUUAUUUUUAUUUUUUAUGUAUGUAUGGGUCAAAAAGGAUGGGGUUGGGUUAGAUAAUAUCAUAGUAAUACUCUAUGUACCUUUGUUUAUUUAAUUUCUAUAAACAUUUGAUGUAUCCACAACAGAUUUUGAUAUUUCAACUGAAAAAAUUAUAUUGUGACAAUUA